AUUUAUUUAAAUAGAUAAUAUUCUUUUUAAAAAUAUAUAAACAAAUAAAUAUUUAUAAAUAUAUACAUACAUAGCUAAGGAUGGUACAGCAUUUAACAAUUCCUAAACAGGAGGAAAAUGGGUUAACCUGUUAUCAUCAUCAUGGAGUAUCAAAAUCAAAUAGUAAUAAAGACAUGACUUCAACGCUUAUAGAUGAAAUACGCUGUAUUUAUUAUCAAUUAAGUCAGCUUAAAACUUUAUUGCCUAGUGAUCAUGUAAAUGCUUUAUUUACGAAGCUUGUUACUAUUUGCACAUUUCAAUAUAAUACAGAGAUUGUGAAAGCUGUACUCGAGGAUGUCUGUAUAAUACCCCUGAUACCUAAUCUCCGUGCUAUAGCUUCUCAAGGUGAAUAUUAUCUGGAGCUUACUUGGGCAAAGGAAUUAGUUUAUCAAACAAAAAACCACAAAGAUACUAAACCAGAACUAGAUCGAUUUGUGUACUACCAAAACUAUGUUGAUUUAGUUCGGUUAGAACUGCAUGCCCUUCAAAGUGUGGGUGCUAAUUUGAAUCAUAGCAUUGUCUUCAUCGGUAGUGGUCCUUUACCUCUUUCAUCCAUUCUUAUGUAUGAAAUGCUAUCUACUGCAACAACCCUUAAGGAACAUACAUUGACGAUACAUAACCUUGAUCGAGAUCAAGAAUCGAUUUCUGUAUCAAACAUUCUAUUGGAAAAACUUGGUAUUCAUCACGGAGUUCAUCAACAUACUAUAGAUGCGGCUGAAUAUUUGGACUACACCUCUUCAGAUGUUGUUAUUUUGGGUGCUCUCGUCGGACAGGAUGUAAAAGAGAAGAUGGAGUUUUUGACUAAUAUCAGUAGCAAGAUGAAACAAGGAUCAUUUAUUAUGAUUCGUAGUUCACAUUCAUUACGAAAGCUUUUAUAUCCUUCAAUAGAGCCUUAUCAAGUGAAUAAAUGUGGCUUUGAAACUACUAUAGUAUUGCAUCCUUUCAAUGAUGUUGUAAAUUCCAUUUUAAUAGCUAAAAAGAUUUAAGUUUUGUAUCUUCAGACAGCUAUAAUUAUUUAAAGACAUUAAAC